UGACCGGAACAACCUCUUUAAUGUGUUUUUUUACCGAAUAGGAGAAGUUCAGAGGCAAGGGUGUGGCCUUUCAUUCGAAAAAUAAUCCGAGUGCAUCAGGGGGAAGUGGAGAGACGCAUAUGCAACGAAGGAUUCAGUGGAGUCGGUUUCCGCUUGUUGUCCAUUUGCAUGAAGGCACCUUCGCCGUUUUUUGCUUCUCGCAGGGAGGAAGGGAAAACCGAAAUAUGCCCUAAGACAGAGUUUUACCACCCCAACAGAGCUCAGAGAGGAAGCAACCUGUGCUCAACAACAUGCGCUGAGGCAGAGGAAGCAGCAGCCAAAAAUCUGAGAUGUGCAGCACCUCCUCAGAGUCCCAGUCACGUUGACCGAGUGGGAGCCCGCUGGUGACCGUUCAGGAGCCGAGCAGCACAGCUCUGAAUGUGAGCAGCAAACGGCUGGACAAGAUGCGGAGAGUUCGAAGAAAAGGGGGAAACAAAGAGAAGGUGUUUGGAUGCGACCUGCUGGAGCAUCUGACCACCUCCUCUCUGGAGAUUCCUCUGGUGCUGCGUUGCUGCAGUGAGUUUGUGGAGCAAAAUGGAAUCGUGGACGGCAUCUACAGGCUGUCCGGAGUGUCCUCCAACAUCCAGAAGCUGCGGGGCGAGUUUGAGAGCGACGGGAGUCCAGAUUUGAACAAAGACGUGUACCUGCAGGACAUCCACUGCGUCAGCUCGCUGUGCAAAGCUUAUUUCAGAGAGCUGCCCAACCCUCUGCUCACAUACCAGCUGUACGACAAGUUUGCUGUGAGUAUCUCAGACUUCCACAGUCAGCACAACAGGGAUGAGGCUGUGGCCAUCCAGCUGGAGGAGGAGAGGCUGGUGAAGAUCAAAGAUGUGUUGAAAGAACUGCCAGCUCCACAUUACAGGACUCUGGAGUUUCUGAUGCGCCACCUCGUCAAAAUGGCCUCCUUCUCUUCAGAGACGAACAUGCACGCCAGGAACUUGGCCAUCGUCUGGGCCCCCAACCUGCUCAGGUCAAAGGACAUCGAGGCCUCGGGAUUUAACGGUACAGCGGCCUUCAUGGAGGUCAGGGUCCAGUCCAUCGUGGUGGAGUUCAUCCUCACCCACGUCCCUCAACUGUUUCCUCUGGAAGGUGUACCGACCGAGAGGAGGAAGUCUCUCCCCUCCCCGUCGGCGAUGCCCAAUCAGGAAGAGGUAUUCUUCAGAUCCGCGCAGCCAAACUUUGGGAACAUCAGCCCAGGAGACGGUCCUCUGCCCAUCAGGCCGUACCACGCCAUCAUCGAAGGCACAGACAAGAGGAAAGGCUCCCUCAAAGGCAGGAAGUGGAUGUCCAUUUUUAAUAUCGGAGUUCGAAUUCAAGACCAACGCCGGAGGCACAAGCACUCCAGCAAAGAGAAAGAGAAGACUGCUUUGAGACCGGCAAGAAGUAUGGACUCCCUCAGCACCCCGCCGUAUCCAAAUGAAGGGACCAGACAUUCUUCCCAGCGUCCUCCGUCCACCCACAUGUCCCCCCUGGUCACCUCCUCCCACCCGCCCGCCCCGGACGCCCCGGCUCCGGCCGCUGGAUUAGGUGCCAGCGAAUAUGCGGUGACCUACCGCCGGGGCACGGGCCUCGUGAGCGGGGGGGCGGGGGUCCAGGGCACCUACACAGCUCUGGACCCAGACGGUUUGGGGUUGCCCAGCAACGAGGGCGUCCAAUCCAGAUCCCCGGGACUGAACAGUAAAGCCGGCCGUAGAGCGGCCAUGCACAUCACCGGCCCCACUUUGGUCACCGUGCCGCUGCACAUCACCUCCAACCUGGCGCUGGGGGUGCUGCAGGGGGGCGGGGGGGACAGGGUCAUCCACCGGGGGAGGGAUAAGGAUGCGGGGGACAAGGUGGAGGGGAGGGAUGGAGGCGGGAGGACGGAGAGGAAGGAGUGUCAAGGAAUGGAGUGGCAGGUGGAAGACAGCCCAAAGGUCGAAGAGGCCCUGGUCAGAAACCAGGAAACGGAAAAUCCAGAGGGGGGUAAAUCAGAAGCGGGCGCUGUUACCGAGGAAAAGGCGGGUGGAGCAGAAGAGGAGGAAGAUGAGGAGAAGAAGAGAGAUUGUGAGCAAAAGCAGGAGUCGGUGAAUGAGGGCGGAAGUGUUUCAGGGCAGCAACGAACCACGAGCUCCAGCUCCCACACAGAGGGAGGGAAGGACGGGGAGGCCGUCCACGAGGACCAGGAGGACAACAGCGAUUACAUGGGUACAGCAAACGCUUUUGUCACCAUCACCGCGCGUUUAGCUAACAUCUGGAACAGCUGCUCGGUCAGACAGGCCCAACUCGUAUUAAGCUCAGCAGCUGCUGCCUUGUUUACCAUUGAAAAAAUGAAGGGGGGGAUGCAGACCGAUCAGCAGUCAGCUUCAGAGCCUCAGCGGGGAAACGACGGUGCCUUCGAUGCCUCCGACAUCCUCAACUCCACCGAGGUGGGCGGCGACGACCAGGGGCUGUCCGGCUACGUCCAAGACAACUUUGACUUCCUGGACCAAAUGGACUGCAGUGUCCUGGACCACCUGGACUCCAGCGUGCCCUUUCAGGUAAACGAGUUCUCAGUGGAGCCUCCCGGUCACUCGGACGAUGAGUACGAAAUCAUGGAGCAGGCCCAGGCGUCUCAGCGUCCCGCGGGGCCCCGGAGGUGCCCCCAGCCGGGGGCGGCCACGCCCAGCGAGGCCCUGCUGAAGCCGCACAGGCCGCUCAGCCUGGACCUGCACAACCGACACACUAAGUCCCUCAGCCUGCCCUACAUGACCCCCCCCGUCCACGGCCCGGAGGCCUGCUGCUCCGAGGAGUCGCUGUCCGAGGACGAAAACGACGACGAGGACGAGGACGACAACCUUUAUGACAGCGAGGAGGACGAGAGCAUGUUUGUCAAAAGCCUUCCGCCGGAUUUCUUUCUAAAUAACCUGUCCGGCCUCGGUCUGGGCGCCAUUACUCCCCCCCGUCCCGACCCGGACAGACUCCCCCCGCCCUCCGAGGCUCAGACCCCUGAGGGGAACAACGGCCUGCCACUUAAACUAGAACUGUCUGCUCAGAAAGAGGCAACCAGUGGAGAUGAGAAGCAGGAAGAAGUGGAGGGAGGCGAAGAGGAAGGAAGGAAGACAGCAAAGAAGAAAGAGGACGAUGAAGGAGAGCAGCCGGAAGACAAAUUACAAAGCGGAGCAACAGACGAACACUUGAACUCCCUGAAAGAUGCUGAAACUCAGAAUUCAGAUCCACCGACAGCCCUCAGCGUGGAGAGUUUCCCAACGAGCAACGAGGAGGUGGGCGAGCCGACCGCCGGGCUGGAAACUGAAGACGAGGAUGUGAAGGGCGUGGAUGAAAUCCCCCCACCUUACGGGGCGGAUGUUCAGUUGGAGGAGUCCAGAGAAACUUCUGUGGUGCCCGGACCUCCGAGGGUCUCCGUCAGCUGCUGUGAAACAGAGGAAGACCACACAUGUCAACAGUCUGCUCAGGAGAUAACAGACAGCACUGAAAUCCUGGUGGAGGAGCUCCCAGCAGGAGGGGGCGAAAGGGAAUCAGACAGAAAUGAGGAGGGUGGCAAAGAGCAGCACGGCUCAGUCGGAGCAGAGAGCGACAUCUGGAGUGAGCUGGAGGAGAUGGUGUGCGAAGCGAUCGAACAUAAAGAGCGCGAGCUGUCUGAGGUGGAGGCAAAGGCCGAGCCGGCCCAAGUGGAGGGAGGGCAGCCGGCAGGAGCUUCCGGAGGGAGAACAGAGGAAGCCGGUGCAUGUGAAACGAACGAGGCGCAGGUGUCAGCGGAGGAGGAGGAAGAGGAGGAAUCCCUGCAGGCCCCUGCAGAAGAGGUCCCAGAUCCGGUAAAGGAAGAAAAAGAUGAUGAGACUAGUUCGGCGGCGAUGGGUGAACUAGAAAAAGCCACCCAGGAGAAGCGUGUCGCCAAUGAAGAAGCGCGGCCCGACGACGGGGAAGAAGCGGUUUCAAAGGAACCCGAAAAAGAGAAGGGUGACUCAGAAAAGGAUGAUGAGCAAAGCAGUCUGGGGCAGCCGAGGUUAGAUAAACAGCCACCGGUGGUCGGUUCUGAGUCAAAAGAGAGUAAAACGAGCGGGAGCAGCGACGGGGGGUCGGAGGGCGUCGGCAGGAAGCUGGUGGUGUCCAGACAGCCGAGGGUUUACCAGGUCAAAGCGGUGCCCGUGGUGCCCCCGAAGCCCCAGCACUGCCGGAUGACCGCCCUGACCCUCCGGCAGCAGCAGCAGCAGAGAGACAGGAGGGAGGACGGCGAGAGGCUGACCCUCCUCAGGGACAGGGACCGGAGGAGGGACGGGGCCGAGGGCGCCCCCGCCAACCGACACAGCGCCCACAGCAUGUGCUUCGAUGAGGCCGUCGCCAUAGCAACCCUGAGGAGAGAGAAAGAGCGAGCGCAGGGAGAGGCGGACGCAGAGGGAUGCGGGAAGUGA